AUGCACAUAUCUUUUAUCACCUCACAAAAGCGCUCCACUUAUGCUAUCACUCGCAUUCCUCCACACAUCAAUUGCUCACGCCGCGGCGCAAUUUCUCCCAUUGCAGAUAAUUGCAUUGAGAAAAAUAAUGGUGUCUUCCAUCCAGUUCUUCCGUCGAAGCAAUUAAAUCAGCCGCCGUCGUACAGAAUGCCGCCGCAGCCGCCCCCCGGCGUCACCGUGGCGUACAGCGAGUCCGCCAUUCCCGGCGCCACGGCCAGCAUGGAGUUCGCGAGUGGCGUGGGCGCAGAGCACUGCUACGACAGCGGUUCCGCCCUCAGGACGCACUCAUCCAAGUUUCCGAUCGAGAAGGAGCUGAUCCUGUCCGGCGACAAGGGAUCAACGAAGAUCCCACUCAUGAAUGACUACAGGACGCCGCCGGUGGGAUUCCUGAAGACGGGAGUCACUCUGCAAAUGUUACCACGGCCCGUGAGCGCCUCCAUUGCGCCAGAUCAUCCGAAACCGAAGCAUCUUCAGGCUUGGAACUCCCUGCCACAGCAGCAAGCAGUCCAGUUGCCGCCAAAGGUGGGCUGCGGAGCCAUUCCAAGGACGCCAGCCAGGCUGCCCGAGGAUGUCACGGCGCUGGCAGAGCGCGAGAACAACAGCAAGAACAGCGAAUUGAGGGACUCGAAGAGCGCCGUGUCGAAGACUUAUCACACACUCAAGGACCUGAUCUCGUCCAAGUUCAGGAAGGAUCAUGGCGAGGGAAUGGAUGAGCUGAACAAUGUCCUCACGCCACAAAUGCAGGCGUGUCUAGAAGCGGGUGAGCUCAAGUCGCCCUAUAUGUCGCUGCCGGCGCAUCUGAGACAGAACAACGGCCUGAACAAUUCCCAGCCGAACGUGUGGCCUGAGAGGCCCUCUUCGGGCUCCCCGCGUGUGUCCUAUCAGCACCUGCCGCCGCAAAGGCCCUACACGCCGGCCGAGACGAUGAGGAACGUGAAUCAGCCACAGAAGGCAGUGUCGCAGCCCCAACUCAACAUCCCCAAAGAGCCCGAGGAGGCGCAGCAGAACUUCCAGGGGCACUUCAAGGCGGCCAAGAGGAGUUCUCUGGCCAAUAUCGACGUCACGGACAGCGACGAGGGAGGCUUCACUGCUCAGGCUCCUCGGCUUCAAGCCAUGGCCAAUCGCCAGGGUGCCAUUCCCUUCCAAUCCGCCUAUGCCACGAAUCUUCAGCAGCUGAGCUACCAAGAAGAAAUGCACAAGGUGCAGAACGACCAGAAACACCCUGACCGCGUGUGGCAGUACCAGAGUCCUCAUCAUCAAUCGGCGAAACCCCUUCCGGAGCCCCCGAAGCUUCCUCAGAAGCCCGAUCACAGGGAGAAAUCUACCCCGGAUAUCAGCAAGCAAGUGUCCGGUUCUGGAGCCAGUUCGGACUACGAUAAGAGCGGAAAUCAGAGCUCAAAUGUUGAUUCUGGUCGAGGAAGUGCUGCCUAUUCCAGCUGCCGCAAGGGAGUUCAAGUGGACACGAGCCUUGAGAAUCCUAGUCCUCCGGUGAGGGCUAAAGAGAACGACAGCGAGUGGGCAGACAUUGUGGAUGCUGAGUUGAGGCAAAUUCUGGAGCCAGGCAUGCAGAAUCUCUCCCUGAGGCCUGAGAGCACGAUCUCAGGCAGCGCCUCUUCCGUAACUCCACCUCUGCCGCCCCUGUCGCCGGGCGGGAGCACAAGAUACACUCCCGCAAGUGCCAAGGACACUCCUGGCAAGCAGGAGUACGGAGCGGACAGCUACAAUCGGCCGGGAAGGACCUCAGGACCGAUCGGACCGUCUCGAGCGGGCUGGCCGGGAUCCACGGUGCAGAAGCAGAGCAGAUCAGGCACGAAGAGGCACGAGCAGACGCUCCUAAAGAGACACUUAUUCGGCCUGGAUAACGACGUUGCUUCCACCACGACGCGAUCCCUGGACUUGGAAUCGCUCUUGGGAGCCCCUUGGUGCGCUGGUCAGUCCGUCAGUGACUCUGAGACAGACACUCAGGGCCUAAGACACAUCCGUAGCCAGCUGGAAGGCCUAGAGUACAUGUACAGCGAAGUGCUGCGGAUCAUCGGAUCGAAGAUCCCGGGAAUUCCCAACAGGCUGCAUGAGAAUCCUCGUGGGGCGGGAAUCCGUCGGCGCCAGGGUAGUCUCUCCUCCCUGCCGUCCAGUUCGGUGAGCGGCCGCCCCAUUCGAGAGCGCCGGCGGACGGAUGACAGGCGAAAAGUGCGCGACAUGAAGGGAAUCAACAAGAGAUUCCAGCGCCUGGAGUCGCACGUUGUCACGCUGGCCAGGAGCGUGGCUCACUUGUCCUCGGAGAUGCGCUCGCAGCACGUGGUGACGCAGGAGCUGGAGCGCCUGCGAGAUGAUCUCGCCACUCUGCGCGUCCAGACGAGUCACUCGAUGAAUUUCCUCCAGGCGGCGAACGGCAGCGAGUCGCCGAACCUCACAAAUCCCAAGCGCGUGAAGAAGCUGACGAAGUUCUUCGGCGAGGAUCCGCCACUCAUGAGACUCUUCCUGAAGAAGCUGGGAUAUGAGAAAUACGCUUCGCUCUUCGAGACGGAGAAAGUGGGCAUGAUCGAGCUGCCCUACUUGGGCGAGGAGCGCCUCCAGAAGCUUGGCGUGCCGCUGGGACCCAGACUGCGGAUCCUGCAGGAGGCGCAGAUAUCCCUGUGCAAGGACACAACCCUCUGCAUCGUGUAACUUUCCAGUAAAACUUCCCACA